ACCCAAUACAUCACCACGAGAGUGCACACAGAAUAUUUUAUCUUUAUAUAUAAUUAUAUUAGUUAGCAGUGCUGCCGUUACUUAGCUUUAGACACGUAUGAUAAUUUAACAAGAAGGUUCUUCAUCGUGGUGAGUAAAAGAAGGUAACAUAAACAGUUAGGCUGCCGAGAUGAAGUCCAAGAAGAAGAAGAGACAGGACGAUUUCCAGAAGGUCAAGUUAAAAGUGGGCAAGACGAAGCCCAAAGCAGAUAAUGCCACCAACACCAACUUCCGCUCCAAGGGAAUCCAUCUAACUGAGCAGCUGAAGAAAGACAAGAGUGGCCCCACCACCCACAGACAUCUCGGUAUCAAUGAACUCAUGUCCCAGCUCCACCAUUACAACGCCAAUGUGAAACACGGUGCCUUGCUGGGUUUGAAAGAGUUGUUGUCCGUCAAUCCGUCUGUGUUAGAGCAGCAUCUCUCUCGUGUGCUCUCUGAAGUCGCAGCCGUUUUCACCGACAAGGAUGGAAACGUUCGUAUCGUGGCCACACGUGUGCUCAGGUUCAUUGCACAGUCUGUGCCUGCAGAACGAGUGGGCCCGUUCUUCCCUCUCCUCAGUGCCCACCUUUCUUGUGCCAUGACCCACAUUGAGACAGGCAUCCAGGAGGACGCAAUGAAGGUCCUCGACGUGUUGCUGGAACACUACCCUGCUUUGCUAGCAGCGCGGCCGGCAGUGCUCCUCACUAACUUCCUAGAGCUGAUUUCUCACAGACAAAGCGGCACUGGAGCCAAAAAGACCCAGGAUGCCAAGGGGCGAACCUGGGCACUUUCAGUCAGUCUUAACAGGACGGUGACGAGUCAGCAGUGGAGGCUCUCUGUGCUUCUCAGGCUCGGCCGAUUUUUGCAGGCAGUAGUUGAGGAGAAACCAGUGGACCAAGGUGACACGUCUGUGGGAACAGAAGGAGUGUUUGGUUGCAGUGGUGAAGACCGACUUGCUCCUCUGUUUCUCAACUGGGAAGAGCUCACCUACAGCAAGAUCGAAGUUAAGGUGUAUGAGCAUUCAGGGGCCAAACCAACUCCACGUUCCACCUUCAAGCUCAGACCUGAGAUGGACGCUGGAGCUGCGGUGACUGAGAAUCUGGACUCAGCUGAGGCUGUUCAGAGCUUUGCAGCUACACUGGUGCCUCUUCUGCUGGAAGUGUGGGUGGAGGCCAGUGCCAGUGAGUCGCCCUGGGACAACAACGAGGGUGCUCACCUGCUCACCGCAGACGCCAUGUCGGUAAUGUUCCAGGUGUUGUCCAUUCUGCAGCUCCUGAGGAAACUUGCACCACAGCAGGAGCACCAGGAUGCACUGGAUGCAUGGUUCAGUAAAGAAUACCUGGGAGAUUUUAAGCAGCACUUCAUGAAAAACUUUCCCUACGGAGCCCAGGACGCACCUAAACAUAGAAGGAAGAUCGAUCUCAAAAGGAGUAAACAGACUGCAGCCAUUCCAGGUCUGAUUGUGGAACCCCUGGCCCUAAACAUCAUACUUUGCCAGGUGAUGGUGUCCCUCAGCCAGAAGCAGGGACUCGACCGAGAGACAGACGAAGACUGGCUGAUGCUGCUGAGGACGUUUGUCCGAGACACUCUGGGCAACGGAAUGAAACUGAGCUCCAGGCAGCUGCACAUGCUGCUGGGUACUGUGUGGAAGAUGGUGCUCACGCAGAGGAGCAAAACCGUGACAGACGACCUGUUAGCAGCAGUUUACAUCUACUAUAAGCAGAGGAACCUGACUCUGCAGACACGAUCUCUGCUGCUGUCUUUCUACAGCAAGCUCUACCUGCAGGAGCAAGGCCAUGCACACAUAGCCAGGAGUAAGGUUCUGUGUCGGUGGCUGGCAUCUCUCCCUGUGCAGUUGUCCCAGCUGGGCCAGCGUAACCCUACUCUCUCUGCACGACUUAUCCAGUCCAUCCACGCCGCUGCAUCUAGAGGGAACAAGGAUCUGCUGAACAGUCUGCAGACGCACGCCUGCACACUCUAUGAUCCACAGGAAGGAGUCGUUGUGCUGUUACCGGCUGAGUCCCAAAUACAACUGGUGCAGCUGCUCUACUUCCUACCCAAGAUGCCUCAGUCUCUCUUGGCCAACCUGAGCUGCUGUUGCACCGCCGGACGAAUCUCUGCCGGCCUGGCUACCUCCAUGAUCCGUAUCGUACACCUCAGGUCAUCUCUGAGUUGCUGGUCAGUCGGGAGCCAGGAAGCCGCCCUGCAGGACGUGGACUUCUUCAGCUUCCUGUUCUCCACCCUGACGGGCUUCUCGUCUUACAAGCUCGCCUCCCUUCAGGACGCCGGAGAGGAGGACGCCCUGCCUCUCUCCCCUCUCUUCCCCAUCAGUCUCUACCCAGUACCGCUGGACCAGUUCACGCACCACUGGGACAUAGUUGAGGAGGUGUGCCACUGUCUGGAAACUCUGGGUUCCAAGUCUCAGUGCUUUGACAUUUUGCAAAAUGGAAUUUGCAAAUACCUGAUCAAGUUGGAAGUGGUCCCUGACAGCAUGGUGGCCGGGCUGCUGAGAGCCGUGUCCAGGUUAGUGGACCUGUCUGUCCUGCCCCUGGAGCCGGUGCUGCGCUUCCUGUCUAAGUGCUGCCUCAGCCUGAUAGCUCUGCUCGUCACAAUGCAGCAGGAGGAACCUGCCGAAACCAACCAUAAAAGGGAGGCGAUUUGGAGUGCGUGUGUGUUGGUGCUGAGCGCAGUCCCUCGGCUGCUGCGGAUGGUUCUGCAGAUGAUGCGCGUUGGAGAUCUGAGUGAGGAGGAGCUGCCGCAGCUCGGACAGAUCCUGUCCAUGCUGCUGCAGCACGCACCGCUGCACAACCAGCUGCUGGCCAAUGCUGCUCUACUGCAGGAGAUCAUACAGAACCUCACGAGGUACAACCGGGCUGCGACCAGAGAGCAGUGGGUGACAGACCUGCUGUACUGUUACAGCCUCACUGUGGCGCACGGCUCCUCUGCUCACCGUGGAAACCUGGGCCUUCGAGACAUGUACUGACCGACCCCCCCACUAGACAAGUACCUGGUGUGUCACUCAGUUUACCCUCAGACACGUUGCAGUUAUUUUGUGAGACAAAACACAGACAAAGCUCAGUAUUGAUACGAUGGAAAAGUUUUUUUAUUGUGAGUGACAAGUGUUGUUUUAAAGGCUUCAGCUUUCUUCUGUCUUAAGCUCUUUAUUGCUUCGUCCUUAUUCUGGUAAUUGUCCUUUUGCCUUUUCUGAGCAUUGUUAUCAUUGCUGUUGCAGAACAUUGUCCAGUCCUUAUCGAGGUACCUGGUAACUUUUGGGGGGAAAAUCUUAACUAAACCCCCCCCCAAAAAAACUGAAUAAAGGCAAAACAAAGUUAAAUCAAA